AUGUCGGAAUCAACUGCCAAAGGACUUCGCCAUCUCGUUCACACCCCGUUUUUCACGUUUUUUACCGGUAUUGUCGACUCGCAUCAUGUGGCGUCUCAACACACCAGCGGGCCAUUGCGUCUUCUUGAAGUAGGCUGCGGGUCAGGCGAAUUUGCUCAACUUCUCAAAGAGCAUUAUCAAGAAAAGAUCAUUAUCACUGCGAUUGACCCUCACUCUCAUGCUGUUGAGAAAGCCAAAACGGCCCGGUCGCAAUUCGGUAUCCGGUUCGAGAAUCUGAGUCUUUUGGAAGCCGAUGCAUCCGAAAGAUAUGACAUUAUCUUGUUCACAAAGUCACUUCAUCAUUGUGAGCCCCUUGAAGAGACUGUUGUACGUGCUUACGAUCUUUUGGAUGAGCAUGGUAUUUUUGUGGCGGAGGAAAUGAACCUCGAGGCUAUGAAUGAAGCAACCGCCGGUUGGUAUUUCGGACGUCUUGACUUGCUAAAGGCUGCGGAUCAACUGGACAAGUUUAAUAAGCAUGCCAUCGCCGCCGUGACAAAUGCGUCUUCCCUGACCCCCAUCGAACGCUGGAAAUCGAUGUUGAUGCAUUCAUUGCCCUCGGCGGACCUGAUCAUUAAACUUAUCAGAGAUAAGUUUGGCAGUGGCAACACUCGAGUGACGGCCACCGCCCCCUUUUUACAUCAAUUCUUGGUGGAAUCUGGCUUGAAGGAUACACCGGUGGGAAAAAACGUGUUGACUGAAUUUAUGGCACAAGAAGAUCAGGCCAUUCGAGAUAAUAUCAUCGCUCCUGUCGGAAUAUUUAUCGUGGCCGAGAAGCGUUAG